AUGACUCGCCUCUACAACAAAUUCAAGACCACACUUCCCAAGUUGGAUGGCAAAGUCUUUGCUAUCACUGGCACCACCUCUGGAACAGGAUUUGUAGCUGCCCGUGCAGUUGCUGAGUUGGGAGGCGAAGUAAUCCUACUCAACCGUCAGUCUAGCCGCUCCAAGGACUCUUUGGAAAUGCUCCAGAAUGCUGUGCCACAUGGAACGUUUGUCCCCAUUGAAUGUGACCUGCAGGAUUUUGCUUCUGUUUCUGCAGCUGCCAAGAAGAUCAAGUCCAAAUACACCCAACUUUAUUGCCUCUCCAACAAUGCAGGUAUCAUGGCAACACCGGACGAGGCCACCAAGGAUGGAUAUGACACACAAAUGCAGACAAAUCAUCUCAGUCACUUUUUGUUGACGGCUGAAUUGUUUCCUCUUCUUGAAGCUGAAGCAAAAGCCAAUGGAGAUGCUCGCAUUGUCAACCAUUCCUCUGGUGCAAGGGACAUGACACCCAACAAGGGUUUGGAAGAGAAAUAUUUUCUCAAGAAUGGAGGAAACUUGGGUGGAAGUGAGAAAAUAUUGAUGGGUGGUGGACCGUUUCAUCGAUACUUCCAAAGCAAGCUGGCCAAUUCUGUCUUUACCCAUGCGUUGCAUGGCAAGUUGCAAGCCAAAGGCUCCAAGGUUCGAGCUGUGUGUGCUCACCCAGGUGGCUCCAACACCAACCUGGGAGAUCACCUCACCAACUAUGGCUUCUUCUCCAACCUCAUUGUGACAAUUCUCAUGAAAUUUCUGGCCCAAUCAUCCGAGGAUGGGUCCAUGGGCUUGCUGCUUGGCAUGGCCAGUCCAUCUGCAGAGUCUGGUGUCUUGUAUGGUCCCUUGACCUGGACGAAGAAAAGUGGCUUGUCUGGACGUGCUGUCCCCAAUCCACCUCAGCCCUAUGAAACAGACAAGCAAGCCAUGGAAAUGCUUUGGCGUACUAGUGAGGAAGCCAGCGGUGUGAAAUUCGCAAUCUAG